CACCAGCAGCAGCAUCAUCAUCACCUCUGAAGCCCAUCCCCUAGUGUUGGUCCGGGAAACGCACCCUGCAUGCGCAUGGGCGGAGAAACUGCCGCUGUGCGCUUGUAUUAUUCUACAACUAAUUUCUCCUUUUUUUUUUUUUUUUUUUUAACGAAAAUGGCGUCUGGUCAGGGAGGUGUAGGAGCUGUCACUGCUCUACAAAACCAUGAAUGCCCCAGCGGUCCCCACUGGAGCCCGGCUGUCAACCAGUACCACCACCAGCACCAGCAGCAGCAGCAACAGCAGCAGCAGCAGCACCACACCGCCCGCAGCCUGGACCGGGCUCUGGAAGAUGCCGUGAGCUCGGGGAUCCUGAACCUGAGCGGCAGGAAGCUGAGGGAGUACCCGGGGAUCAACUACGAUCUGACCGAUACGACACAAGCAGAUCUAUCCAAGAAUCAUCUGGCAGAGAUCCCCCCAGAGGUCUGUCUCUUUGCCCCACUCGAAUCACUCAACCUCUACCACAACUGCAUCAAAUCCAUCCCUGAAGCCAUUAUCAAUCUGCAGAUGCUGACUUAUCUUGACAUCAGCCGAAAUCUCCUGUCGGUUCUACCAAAAUACCUGUUCAAUCUCCCCCUCAAAGUCCUGCUUGUGAGCAACAACAAGCUGGUAUCCAUCCCUGAAGAGAUUGGCAAGGCCAAAGAGUUGAUGGAGCUGGACGUGAGUUGCAACGAGAUCCAGGUCCUGCCGGCGCAGGUGGGGAGGCUCCAAGCCUUACGUGAACUCAACAUCAGGAAGAACUGUCUUCACAUGCUGCCCGAGGAGCUGGCAGAUCUGCCUCUCAUCCGACUUGACUUCUCCUGCAAUAAGAUCACAGAGAUUCCUCCAGCUUUCAGGAAACUCAGGCAGCUGGAGUACAUCAUCCUGGACAACAAUCCUAUGCAGUCUCCUCCUGCACAGAUUUGCCUCAAGGGCAAAGUGCAUAUCUUCAAGUACUUGAACAUCCAGGCUUGCAGAACGGACAAGAAGCCAGACACCCUGGACCUCCCGACGCUCAGCAAACGAUGUCUUCCACAGCCCCUCACUGACAGCAUGGAAGAUUUUUAUCCCAGUAAGAAUCAUGGGCCCGACUCUGGAAUUGGUAGUGACAAUGGUGACAAGAGGCUGUCAACAACAGAGCCCUCAGACGACGACACCGUCAGCCUCCACUCACAGGUCUCAGAGACGGCCCGCGCCGACGCUCUGUCCCUGCUCUCCAAAAUGGACUCUUGCAAAGAUCAGGAUCUGUAUGACUUUAUAGAGCCCAACCCCGACGAGGAUCCUGCUCUGUUAGAGAAAGAUGGGCAGCAAAGCAGCCAUGUGUCUUGUAUAAAGGAGCUGGAGAAAGUUUUAAACAUGUCCCAACAAUGUAAAGAUAAAGACAGCUGGAAGGAGGAGUCCGGUUCUGAUAAGGACCAGCUAGCUGAGGAAGAGGAUGAUGAGCUGAAAGAAGUGCUGGAUCUGAGGAAGAUCGCUGUGCAGCUUCUGCAGCAGGAACAGCAGAACAGACGACGGUCCUUAAUUUGCAGAGCAGAGAGUCUAAUCCACCGGCGGAGGGUGACCGGCAGGGCACACAGGUUUCUGAGUCACUCUGGGAGCUCCAGCAGCAAACCGAGGCCCCCACCUCAGGCUGCUCGAAGUGCCUCUCUGGAUGAAGGAAGUAGCGGCGCUUCAGUGCUGAGUGGGCAGCCUUCGUCCUCCUGCUCCUUUGAUGGGAGCUUGAAAUCAGAACGGUCAGACUGCGAUCCAAAUUGGCCCGAAGUUCCUCCUGUCCUCAACCAGAACGAAGACCGCAGGCGGAACAAGUACCUGAGGAAGGACUACCUGAAGUACAAGUGUCAGAGCGCUCGUAAAAAUUCCAGCGGUAACGAAGAAUGUGAGGAGGGUUUGUGCAACGCUGAUUUCAGCACCACGUUGACAGUGUUUGGACUCAAACCAAGAUCAGCCUUCACUCGUGGGACCCGGCAGGACAUCAGCUCGACGGACCCCAGCUUCACCAUGAGGAGGAAGAUGGAGCAUUUGAGAGAGGAAAUUGAGCAGAUUGGCCUUUUACGGCAGAACAUUGAGUCCCGACUGAAGGUCCUCCUCCCAGAUGAUGUUGGUGCGGCGUUGAUGGAUGGAGUGGUCCUCUGCCAUCUAGCCAAUCACAUUUGUCCCCGAUCCGUUGCCAGCAUUCACGUGCCGUCACCUGCAGUACCAAAGCUAAGCAUGGCAAAAUGCCGCAGGAAUGUUGAAAACUUCCUGGAAGCGUGCAAGAAGCUUGGAGUUUCACAGGACAAAUUGUGUCUGCCGCAUCACAUCUUAGAGGAGCGAGGUCUGGUAAAGGUCGGCGUGACCGUCCAAGCUCUGCUGGACCUGCCCACGUCAAAGUCCACUCACUUGUCCUCCGUUUGACCCGGAGAGUAAAUGCUGCUUAUAUCCCGCAGAGAUCAGCCCAUCUCCACACUGCCAGGGACUUAGGACCCCUGUUUCUGGGGCGAGGACUCUGUGACUUGUGGCUGUGUGACGGUCUGCUUCUGCCUGACUGAAAUAGGAGACGGGAUUACGCAAAAUUUCUCCUUAAAUGAAGUCGGUCGUCAACCGGCUCCAGGCCAACACAUUAUCACAUGUUUCUUGUUUCCUGCUUCUGGGCUGAGAGUGGAUUUGUAACGUGACGGCAAGAAUCCUCAGCUGCACUGUUAACCUGGUUGCAAUGGGUUAAUGAGAAGACCUUUACCUCCCUCUCAGCUGUUACCACGAACUCUGCAAGUGCCACUACAGAUUGGACAUCCACGCUGUUAUAGCACAGUGUGGCAAAGAAAUAACAGACAUAACUCACUGUUUCACUUAAGAAGACAUUUAGAUUUUUUUUUUUAACAAAAUGUUUCAUUGGUUUCCUUAGUUUUUUAGUCUAUUUUUUUUGCCAUAUUCUUACGUCUUAAACCCUGAGUCAGGAAAAAAGCUGCCAUGAACUUUGGACUCUGUUUUUCUUUCUGAGAUCAAGCUGAAGGUCCAGUAGGAUUUGGUGCUGUUCUGUAGAAAACCAACAGCAAAUGCUGAAGUUCUGAUUCAUGUCAGCAUCUUUAAAUGGCUGCAAAAGCUAAGUGCUAAGUGUAUCCAUACACCUUUUUUCCACGAUUUGUCCUCAACAAACUUCUUUGUAUUUUAUUGGGUAUUUAUGAGAUGGACCAAAACGCACCAUAAUUUUGAGUUGGACAGAAACUACUAAAUUGUUUUUAAAAUGUUUGACCAAAAAAAAACCAACUUAUCUUAAUGUAGCAAUGAUUAGGAAAUGUAUUUAUUUUUUGCUGUAUCUCUAUUGAUCCUUACCAGCUUUCUGUGCUUUCACUGAGGUAGUUUGCUCAGGGUUGUGUGCAGACAUAACUUUAAAACUUUUUAUAUAUUUUUUAGAACCUAACCCUGCUUUUUAACCUCUCCACCUCUCCACUGACCUGUCUGCUGUGCUCCCAUGAUGCUGCUCGGUCUCUGAUGUUCUCCAACAAACCCAUGAGGUUUCUAAAUUUAAAUUAAACCCAUAUGGACUCUAUCCACUGGAUUUUGCUUAGUACUACCAUGAUUAAAUACAACAUGAACUCUGAAGUUUUCUUUUUACUAAAAAUGAAAAAGCCAGAUUUUUUUCCUUUUUUUCCCCCCCAUCACAUAAAAUCUCAAUAAAAUACGUUGAAGUUUGUGAUUGUAAUGUGAUAAAAUGUGAAAAGGGUUCACUGUAAUUUGCUUGCAGGGGAGUUGACAUUUUUGAUCACUGUGAUUAUGCAUGCAUGGUCUUUGCCAAGGCAUUCUAAUGUACGUGCAAGUUCAUGUGUUCCUCACUGUUUAAGUAUCUGAUUGCCUGCUAUGAUUUGCACACAAAUCAGUUUGGAGUCGGGUUUUUUUUUUUUUAAUAUUGUUUUUCUGACCUCAAUUGAAAAAUGUUACCAAUGUUAAUGUUGUUGCUGCUCAGAGAUCCUCCUGCAAACCUCCCGCUCUGAAACCGUGCACAGCAGGGCAGCUUGCUGUACGCGGUUUCAGAUCUACUUCAGUGAAAUGUAUUUGGUGUAAUUAUUUAAUCCUUUUACUUAUACAUGACAUCGUAACCUCUCCAAGUUGCUCAGGUGCAGCAGAAUAUUUGUUUUUGAUCAAACGUUACGAUACGCUGCUAGCAGACACACUGAUUCCUGUGAUUGGUUGUUGCUUGAACUCUUCCAGCGGUUUGAGGUUCAACUCACCUGCAGCUUGAGAAACGUGCCUGACAAAUCAAAAGGGAAGAAUAGCUUUUGAUCGUAGCAACACCUCGAAACAUGAAAAUAGCAAAUAUGCAAAUAUGGCAAAUGCAUAUAGCCACUACACGAGCCUGAACAAAGCAUCUAUAGAUUAAAAAAUGAAAUAGACUUAAAAAAUUACGGAUGCAGGCUUUUAGUAGUUACACCAGGAUGUCAAAACUUUACAGCCACAGUUUCCUGUCAUCUCAGAAAAGCAAAGCAAAAUAUCACUUACUGGUUGCCACAUCAAACAAAUGAGCAUAAAUUCAAAAGUCUUUUCUUUUUUCUCAACAUGUUUGAUUGAACAGAACCCUUCUUUCACAUUAGGAGUUGCAUGCCUUUGCAGAAACAUGUUUUAACUACAUGAUAGCAUUCCCUCAGGCACAAGUGGUGCAGUGUUGUUUGGAAGUAAUUGGUGGGAUGUAACACAAAUAAAAGGAAUUACCUUGGAAAAUGAGGUCAUCUAGAGGGAGAGGUUAGAUUAAAUUACUGCCAAAUUAAAUGCCAAAUUAAAUUACAAUUGAGAAUGCUGGAAAGCUGAGAAAAAGACUGUGGUAAGUAUAACAUCUUCCAUUGGUAAAUGUGUGAAAACCCCAGAAAUGUUUUAAAUAAUACAACACUGCAUUUAAGUGCAUUGACUCAGUGAGGUGGGAAGAAAAAAUGGUGAUUGUUUUAAAAGAAAUUAUCACCACAAUUAUAGGGACCAACAUAAUUUCUAGAAACAGAGAAAAUUAAAGCAUUUAUUAUUGUAAAUGCUUAAGUUUGUUCACGGUGCACACGAAUUGAUCACUUUGAGUCGUUUUCACAAAUGGAAAAUCCAUUCCAAUAAGCCAGAUUUGUUUUAAUUUAUAUAAAGGGCAGGAAAUGAUAAUAAUAAUAAUAAUAAAGUAGCUGUUCCUCAGUAUUUUCCUAUUUCCACAGUCAACUGGUCGCUCUAGUUUCAAAUUAAGACUAAAAGGGACAGAAUAAAUUUGAAAAUGGUUUCCCGGUAAAUUGUAGGAAUGCCUUUAUGAGGCACUGUGUACAUCUUUACCUGUGGGCAGAUCUGCAUGUACGCUUUGGACACUUUUAUAAUCUGUCAGAUUAUUUUGGACCAGGGCAGCGUAAUGAGAACAAAGUGUCGUACACAGAUGAAAGUCGUCCUGGUCAAAUACUGAUUUCUGAAACCGAACACUUUAUGAUCUGCAGAAACUGUGAUAUUCUCCGGUGCCACAUUGAUUUUCACCUUCAGCAUCACCUGAUUUGCUAAUUCCAUCAAAUGUUUGCAACUAAAACCACACAAAAAAAUGUUAGAAAGCGAAGAGCUGCUUUGAUAUCGAGUGAAGAUGUAGCAAAUCAGUUUUCUAAAUCUCUAAUGUAGAAUAGCUUCAGUUCCUGAAAACAUCCAAGGAUGUCAGGAUGGUGUUCCAGUAUUCACCAUCACAGCAUCAAAAACCUGGAAUAUUGUGCCUUAAUUGAGGGGUACUUAUUAUUUAUUGCUUUAUUUAUAUUUUUUGUCAGUUAAAAUGUACUUUUGUUGUUUUUCCUCUUAAUAUCUGCAUAAUACUCAGAACUAUUCAGGAGGGGCUUUGGAUCUGAACACAGUUCACACUACAGCUUACACUCUGCAAAGAUACACAACCUUCUGUUACGCAUCGUUUUCACUCAAAUCAGAGUAAAAUGUUUCCGUUUCACAUCAAUUAGGAUUACCAAAAAUAAUUCUGUUUCCUAAUUAUGCAAGUAACGAAAGAGAUAUUUUAAAUGUAGUUUAUAUGCAUAUUUUUUUUACCAUUUUGAUUGAUUUAGCUCCGAGCUGUUUAACUUGUUUCAAACAUUUUGGGUAUCCUUCGACUUGGUUCUGCCAGUGGGUUCAGCUGACUUUCUCCCACAGACCUUUUAACUUUGAGAUUUGUGAGACGCACCACACAGCCUUAGCUUUGUUGUGCUUAAUCGACCUUGAAGCUAAUUUGGUUACAUUCCUAUGAUAGUUUUCCAGCUUCAUGUUUUUGGCUGAUGUCUUGAGAGAUUGUUUUAACAUUUCCAUAUGAAGUUCUUUCCUUAUGAUUCCAUUUAUCUUGUGAAGUGCACCAGUCCCUCCUGCAGCAAAUAAAUGCUGCUUCCUCUUUACUUCACAGUUGGGAUGGUAAUGUCAGGAUUGCAAGCGUCUACAUUUUUCCAAAUGGUAACAAAGAUUAUUAUGGCCAAACACUUCAGUGUUUUGUUUUUUUUUGCAUUUGCAGAAAAUGUUUUAUUUUGCUUUUGUAGUAAUAACUUCUUCUUUCCUCGCUGAGUGGCCAGAACUCAUUUCUCUGUGAAUAAUGACACAUUUAUCAGCAUCAGUCAACAUCUUAACAAGGACUUUUGUUCUGGGGUGCACGGUUCUCUUACAGACAUUUUUGCCUGAUUCGAAAUCCGUUAUGACGCCAUGUUGGCUUCCCAAACUGUUUAAAGGUGUACAAAUCUUGACAUAUAAACUCCUGAAAUUGAUGAGAGUAAGAAAAACAUUCUCCAAAAACCAUUUCUCUCUUAUCAUUCUCACAUUUAGCAAACAAAACUCAUUUUGGUCAUCCUAACAUAAUUAAGACUGAUGUGAGACAGUACGAAAAAUGUGUUGUGUGUAUACAUUGCAUGCAAUGUUUGUUUUUUUUUUUUUUUUACUUUUGAUUUAGAUGCCAGUCAUAUUUGCCCUCUCUCAGACAGUUUUGGGGUGUUAUUAGUUCCACACAUUUGUGUGUUUUACCGUGUCUUAACAAUUUGUAAAAUAGUAACAGUCAGCGAACAAGCAAACACAAAAAUAGUGAGGAGAAAAAAGUGAUUCAUUAUGGCUUGAAGUGUUGUGAUGUUUGUAGAAUUUUCCGUCAUAAAUGUCUGGUAAAAAACCCCCCAAAAAACAAACAAAAUGCAAAAUUAUGCUUUGCUACAGCUCUUCUUAUCAUCACACAGCAGGUUCGUGUGCAUGGCAAGUCCUUUUCUUUUAACUGGAGCUGUAUUUAUACAAAACAAUGCAAAGCAUCCUGCUUAUCAUACAUAUGGAGACCACAGAAUCUCCUUCACUUUACCAGAAAAUCUGUAACAAUCUUAAAAGUUGCUGCCCUUUUCUAUGCUAUGGUUGUGUGAAGUCAACACUGUCUUUUGCACAGUUUGAGUAAUUCCUCCCACUGACUAGUGAAGUUUUUGUAUUCAUCCGUGCGUGUCAUCAUUGAACUAAUGUAUCAAUUGAUAAGAAUAUAAACUGUAAUAUUUCAUAACUUUGCGUCAAAGUCUCAGCUCCCAAAAGGUUUAAUCGCCUGUCAGACGCAAUGUAGUGUAAUUAUUCUGAUAUUUCUGCACAGACAAAAAGAGAUAAGUGUAUGAGCUGCUUUGAAGUGCAAUUACCUGAAGAACCUUCACUUCCAUGAUGUUUGAGUCCAGAACUGGGGCAGAACUUAGGUCUGCGUUUGUGCUUUUCUUUUUCUGUAAAAGAUGACUCAUUGUGUUUGAGAGUGUUUGUUUAUGUUUCUCUGUAAAGCACAUAAGGAGGUGUGGCACAACACUAAGGUGUUUCAAUAGGAGUACUUGUGCUCCUCUUGCUUUUUCUUUGUAGUCAUGAAUCGUCACUUGCUGGUACAUGCAUUUUGAUCCAUCUAAUACAAAAUGUUUUGUGGCACAGAUUUCAAAUUCUAGAGUCUUGCUUAGUAUAGUUUAGCUCAGUUUCUCUCUGAUGGUGUCUUGCAAACUUUGUUACGUUUUAAGCAGAUUUUUUGUGAUUAUGUUUGGCUUUCACUUCACAUAAUUGUGAAGUGGAAGCCAAAAGUAAGCACUGUUUUCAAAAUUUCUUAAAAAUAAAACUCUGAGUCAGUACUUUCCUGAACCCACUUUUUCUGCGAUUACACCUGCAAGUUUUUUGCGACCAAAGGAGCUGAAUGUAAAUGGACUCUGCACUUUGUAGGAUAUUUAUUAAAAAAAAAAAACAUUGGACAGCAUGUAUUAAUUUCCUUCCAUCUCAUAAUUAGUUGCUACAUUGUGUUGGUGCAUCACAUAAAAUCCAAUUUAACUCAAAGUGAAACGAUGAUAUUUGAAUUCUUUCUUGCGUUGUUGAGCCUAAACAGGUGAAACGAAGCUUUUUUCUCACAGUAGCAUUUAUUACUGGGGUGUGGAAACAGUAACGAAUGGAUUGUCGUCACCUUAUCGUAUUAUUGGAAAUAAAAAACAAAGUCAUUUGUUUUUUUUAUUUCCUCUUGGCAGAGGACCACGAGGGACAGCAAAAUUUUCCGCACAAGAAAAUUUUGCUUGUGCAGAAAAUCUUCAUCACUUUUUCAAAUGUCUGAGAACGAGACAUGCUGGGGACUUCCACUGAUGCUUACCCAACCUUCUUCCAGUCGCUCUCCAAAAUCACAAACACGUUGUUCAUGCAUUCCUGUCUGUAGGGGUAAACAUGCCUUCCGUAAUGAUCGCCUUAAUCGUAUGAAAAACUGCUGUUCAUCUGUGGGUUUGAUUGCAUGUUGCCAGGCUACCUGUGCAAGUGUAGGUUCAUAAUAAGACUUGUUGAAAGGAGACAUGCAUACUCUGGAAUGUUUUCGCAGCCAUAAAGAUGGCUAGUUUUGCGCAGACAGUAAAAGAAAAACAAACAACAAUGAUAAAUGUGGUUUCCAAACUCCAGACAAAAUUAACAUGACCUGCACUUUGUUAGAAAGAACAGAGCGUAUUCCAAAAGGUCAAUUGUUUCCUUGUUUUUUUGUUGUUGUUUUUUUUUUGCAUGUACUGACAAGUACUAACCAGUUUUGGAAACAAUGGGACACUAAGACAAAACCCUGAAAUUUCAGACGUCAAGGAAGUAGCUUUACUCACAACAAGGACUCAUUAUUUUGCACUUCUUUGGAAAACACAUCUUUAAAUCAUGGCCAGCAGUGACUGGAUAAAUGUAAUGACUGAUAAAUCUCUACUUUGAUUUCUUCACACAUAAGGUUUUGUUUUUAGAUGCAUGCAAUACGUGAUGGAACGUGGAAAAAAACAUCUAUUUAAUCUGUGCUAACACAAACUUUGAAGUAACGGCAAAUUAAAAAAUGUGUGACAUUGGGCUUUUUGUUGUAAAUCAGCGUCUUUUAAGGCUCUGGCUCGGAUUCUGUAGGCAGAAAAAUGAAUCCUGCUCUAAAGAAAGGCUGCGGUAACAAAAUAUGACAACUUCUCAAAGUUCAAAGCAACUUUUAUCACAUCACUUCACAUUUUGUACUAAUUUCUGAAUUUCCUGAGGUUUGGGUUCAGGUUUAGGCUUUCUUUCCAGCAGCUACCGCAGAACAAGCUUUGUUGUUCGUGAGUUUGGUGCUAAUCUAUUAAUAAGUGAUAAUUCUAUGCAUUGAGUUCAUCUUUGUCAGCUUAAUUAACUUUUUUUUUUCAUUUUGUGAUUUAACAGAUCCAUAAGUGACAGAGUGAGUCAUGUCUGAAUAUUACACUGCCAAGACAAGUCAAACUUCAUGUACAAAAACUUUUUUUCUAUUAAAAAUCUGAUGCAUGCAAGACAACUGAAUGACUAACAAUGAACCUCUGUAAAUAUAAUCUGUAUAAAAAUCCAAGGAUUUCUUAAAACAGUUCAUGUUGAUGUACAAAUAAAUCAAACUCUUUGCAA